UUUACUUAUAUUUUAAGGAUUUAAGAAUUUAAGAUCAAAGCUUUUGCAUAUCAUGGCAAAAUAUGAAGAGGACGUUUUAGAAAAGUUUAAACGUCGUGUUGCCAGCACUGAACAGAAGGCAAGAGAAUGUCUAAGCCUCCUGAAAUUUUCUGAAGGUCUUGUAAAGCGGGAUAUCAAUAUAGUGAGGAUACAGAUAGAUUUACGACUGCAGAAACUGGAGAGAAAAGCGCUUGAUGAACUUGAACGACUUUACUUAACCGAAAAGGAACAUAUCGAAGAAUUGUUGACAAACUUGAGAUUUUUCUCUAAGAGAGCUAAUUCCUCACCGUCUGAAGGGAAUAUCGCAGAAAUAGAGCAAGAGUUAAGGAAAGAAAGUAAUAAUAUCUAUCGAAAACGAUUCAUAUUUGACACAAACAAAGACUUGGACAUAACACUUGACAAGCUCGGCACGUUUGGGAGGACUCUUGUGAAAAGGAUUGAUGAAAAUCAGAUUGAUAUUACCAACAGCAGUGAUGAUAAAAUAGAUACUCUGAGUGUUACACAAGAAAUAACGGAAUGUAACGAUGCAGGCAAUAUAGGAGGAGAUAGUUUUGAUAUUUGUAGGGAGAGAAAACUGGAUACAAACAAAGAUACCGACAUGUUCGCUGAGACUGACCCUUUUGACAUUUUAAGGUCAAUGAAAACGGGAAUAUCUAAGAACGGAAUUAGUUCUUGUAAAAACAACUUUCGAUAUUGGAAGAAUAUGGACCGUACCAAAAAUAUUCAUUUACAGCCUUCAAAACAUGUUAAGUUCGCGGAUGAGUUAGAUGAGAAGGAAAAAAUAUCAUACAAGACUGGAACUGGAAAAGGCAAUGAGUCUUUACUCAAUCAAAGAGGCAGGCUUGUUACAGACUGUGAGAGGAAGAGACGAGCUAGAAGCGCUAGCCCAAGAGCAGUACAUUUUAAUUCCAAUACAAAAAGGGACAAGAUGCAAGGAAUCUUAAAGCACAUAACUAAAUUAACAAAUGAUAUUCAACCGGUGUGUCACGACAGUGAUAUAACUUCUGUUUCAGCAGACAUUCCUGAUGUUGCCAGGCAACCCUGUGAAUCGUUUCUGCAUCAGGACGACUUGGAUAGGAUACCUUUUGGAAAAUCGUUGGAGAAUAAAGACACCAAAGCCAAAGUAAAUGAAUAUGGUCGGACAAUGACCAAAAGAUCACUUGAAACAAAUUGCGAUGACAGAGAACAUUUAAUACAACAUACAUUCAUAGAGCCAAGCGCACUCUCUAAUCAGCUGAAUGAAGAAAAUACUAACAGCAGUGCUGACAACACCAGCAUUUCAAAUAAUGAUUACAAAAGUAGUAUAUGGUCAUAUAAACAAAAUCGCCUAAGCAUGGACAAUAAUACAACACAAAGACAACUCAAAUUAAAAGAAAAACGAAAACGAAAUCGUUCGCUUUCAACUGAUAUCAACAAAGUAAUAACAGAAGCACGAAAUCAAUGUGAUGAUAGUAAAAUAAUUUCGAAAUCGGACAGAUUGCGUUUGCCAAGUUUUGAUGAACAUUAAUUUUAGCCGUGUAAUUGUCUAAGUUACAUGGGAAAAAUAUUCAGCCGUCUAAAAGAUAGCUUUAUAUUAAAGUCUUUAACUAUGAUAGGAGAAGAAAUCUGUGCAUUAACGAAAUUUCACGGUCAUUUAACACGUCAUUUAGAAAUAUACAUGUACGUUGUUUCUGGCAACCGCAUGUAGUGUAGUGUUCACUCUUCCACAAAAUACUUACAUGCACCCCCACUACACUUUCCAAGGCCUAUGAACUCAUCGCAAAAAUACUGGUAACACUGGCAAAUCGUUGGUAAAAAUUCACUUUCAGUUAAAGCAUUCUGUGACUUUAGAUUCUACCCGCAUUUGUUGCUGCAUUUACGAAGCCUUUUAUCUUUCACCACAAUGCAUCUAAAACUGCUGCUUUUCGUCUUCCUCUGCGCGAGGUUUCCGAAUGUCUCUAAAACACUUUUGCUGCUGUAUAUAAACUAGUGACCAUGUAGCACUCUGAUGCUUUACAACGUGUUGGAAUUUCUCCAGGAUAUAUUGGAGUUAUUCCAUAUUCUACUGAAAACUUGAAGACUUUCCAAUACGCCGCGCCAUCUUUGGACGUCGCAUUUUCGACAAUAUGCGUUUGAUCACUUGUUUGCAUGAAAAGAAUUCUGUUCAACUUAUGACGUCACCUACUUUAAAUGUGAAAGUAUUACAUGAGAAUGAUUUACUCUGACAUAUAUUUAAAGGUUGAGCGGAAAUAUUGGCAAUACUAGGCCUAUUCAUAUAACAAAUCUACGUGUUUAAAAUUAAGAAAGAAAAAAUGAAAACUGUUGACUGGAUUUUUAUGAACAUAUUUAAGUAUUGGUAAAGUUGAAGAAUUAAAUUAAAUGCAUGCAGUUAACAAUGGUAUCCCGAUACAGAAACACAAGGGCAGUUUCUCAGGUAUCGGAACACAUGUAUGAGGUUUCUUGGUGAUGCAAAAAAUACACAAAGAAACAAAAAACAAUAAUCGUGUACAAAAUUAUCAGUAUGAAGUUACUCUGUUUUCUUGUUCACGAAGCGAAUAUUCUUUUCGAGAUAAUUUGCUCGUCAAGUCGUGUUAACGAUUUAUUGUCUCAUAUAUGCGAGAUAUAUCUUCUAACAAGAAGACCAUACGUACAUAUAUCUCCAUGACGCUAAAAUACCCUGUAAUUAAGAUAAACUGUUCUAGUAGUAACGGGAUAACCAACACUUUUCCUCUAAACGAGUGCGUUCGUCUUUCAUGGUUUUUGUAUUAACGACACUUUAAAUCACUAAGACUAGAUAUAUUGACCUCUAUGUAGAUGAUUAAGACAGUAUUUAGUGGUAGUACACAAUUAUACCGUGUUUAGCUAUACAUGUAUCAAGUGAGUACUGUUUUAAAGCUGGUGUUAUGCAGUUUUUGUUCAUAUUUUCUGUUAUAAAAUAUGGGUCUGGUAAACCUUAAUAAGACAUUAUUUUUUAUAGUAGAAGCAUUCCUUUGACACCAAGUAAGAACAAGUGCGACGCAAUACAGAGUGCACUACCGGAAAGUGACUAAUUAUAUCUACUUUUUGCAGCACAACCUAAUGACCUGAUAUCUGUUAAUGAUGUAUAUACAAUAUAAUGCUAUACAUUCAUUAUGUAAGAAUAGGACAACAGUUAUUUAGAAACUUG